AUGAAAUCAUUCUUGGCUAUGCUUUUCAUCAUCUCUGUGUGCUCCGCCACUCUUUACGAGUUCUCACAGCAAACUCGAAGUGGGUACCCAAUCAGUUAUUCACCUCAUUUCAGUCAAUCGAUCAUUGACAAAAAAGACGACAUCGAGCCAAAAAGAACUCAUCAAGUUCUUGAGAAGCGUCCAAAAUCGCCUUGGAACCGAAACUGUUAUCUAUCGCCAAUGCAAUGCCUACUUCCCGUCGAGCAACACCAAUUCAGCAAAUUUCAAAAGCGGCUCUUUUAUUGA